AACAACUCUAUAGCGACCGAGUAAACAAACUUGUAGAUAGGAAUGUUUUUUAGCCAGUAUUAAGACAAGAUAAUUAAAGUUUUUAUCGUGAACAAAACUGAACAUUUUCGUCAUAUUUUAAAAUGUUUGGUUAUCAUAGUGUACAUAAACUCAAAUAAAAAAAAGUUACCAAUGUCUGUACCUACAUCCGAAUAAAUGAAAAAGUAAAUAUACGAGAAAUCCGUUAUGAUAUGACAUCACUGAAAGACUUUCAAACAGACAAGCGGAAUACAAUGAGUAAUCUUUCGAGUCAAUCGGAACCGGUAUAUUUUAUAUCUGAUCAAAAUCAAAGAUCACAUUUUGAUGAUAAUAUUGACGUCAAUGAUGGAAGAGAAUCGCAAAUUUGCAAGUUGGAAAAUAUGGGAAAACAAAAAUUCACGUCCAUACCAGACCGACGAGUGAUUGACAGAAGUACUUUUGCACGUUUAAAAAAUAAAGCUGUAGUAGUAACCAAAGAAGACCGGCGAAAAAUAGCCGAGGGUUUGAUGGCCGAUCGAGAGAGAUUGGAAAACGAAAGCUUGGUCAGAAAACAAAAGCUACAAAGCUAUGAUUUACUAAGAACCAAAGGGAAACGACUAGCUCAGUUGGAUGAUGAAGCAAAUAAAAAGUCUAAUUAUCUGCUGGCAAGAGCACAACAAUUGCGACAAGAUCAAGAAGACGAAAUAAAACACUGCAAUUCUUUAAUAUUGAGCACAAAGUGUCAUGCAAUCAGAAACGCUCAAAUUGCUGAAAAGCAACUUAUACAGAGAGAAAUGAAAGAAGAAGAACGUAGGAUGGAAGAAAUGAUGGAGCGGGAACAAGCACUGGCUGCAAAAGAAUUAGAGAAAGCUGCGGAAGCCGAGCGCCUCAAAAAGAAGCUGCAAGCGGUUGAGAUCGAGAGACAGAUAAAAGAGAAUGAGAUCACCAGAGAAAUGGAGUUGGCCAGAAUGGUAGAAGAUGCGAGAAUUCGAGCAGAAGCUGCAGAAAAAAUCCGACAAGAAGAAAUUGAAAGCCACAAAGAGAGAAUGAAAAAACAAGCAGAAUUACGCAGAGAAUUCAUGUUGCUCAACGCACAGAUAAGGGAUUCAAAAAAACUGGAGGAAGAAAUGAAUAAUAUUGAAGUGCUGCAGAUACAAGAGUAUACACGGAAAAAGAAUGAACGAGAAAUAGCUUUCGAGCAAGAGCUGCGUAAGCAAAAGUUAUUAAAGGAGAAAUCCAUUGCCAAAAUACAAGCAAACCAACAAGCGACAUACGAUUUACAAGCCGCCAAAGACGAAUUGAACGCUCUUAGAGUGAGAGAUCAGGUAGAACGCGAGUGGCGUCGUAAAGAAUUAGAAGAGGCGGUGAAAAAGAAAAAAGAAGAAGAAGAACUGAAUGCGGCUAGGAACAAACAAAUUGAAGACCAGAGGAGAGCGUAUGCAUUCGAGAUUCAAAGGGAAAUGGAAGAGACCGAAAAAAUCGCUAAACUCAACAUUGAGGACAUCGAAAAGAGCAAAGAAACGGACGAAAGAAACAAAAUGAAAAUCGAAGCGCAUCGUAAAAAUCUGCUGAAACAGAUUCACGAUAAGGAACAAGAAAAGAUACAAGAGAGGAAAAGGCUCUACCAGGAAGGCGUUAAGCUGAAACAAGAAGAGCUCGCCAGGCAAAAGAUGUUACGAGACACAAUGUACAAUAAAAUCGAGGAACUCAAGGCGCAGAAUGUACCGGAAAAAUACGUUCAAGGGAUCGUGAGACAACUGAAGUUGCACAAGUGAGACUUUCGGAUACGCGGACAGCCAUACGCGAUGCAGUGUGCAAGCAGAUACGAUUUUACCGAGAACAUUACAAAAGCAAUCGUUUUCCAUUACUGAGAGUUGUGGGGCCAAUUACAAAUUGACCGCUUGCCCACCUGUCGAGUAAACCAAUUGAAACAUUUAUCCGUAGUAGUUAUCGAUUUCCAGAAAAGUAUUCAAAUUUUAAAUAUAUACGAGUAGUAUAUUUAUUGUA